AUGCUUUUAACAAAGAUUCGUCCUCAAUGUGGUUUAAAUGAAAUAUAUAUAUGUGGAAAACCUUGUAUUGAAACCUGUGAUUAUAAACCACUAACUUGCAAUAAAAAUUGUAUAUAUGGUUGCUUUUGCAAUGCAACAUAUGUUCGAAAGUCUAAUGCAACUGGUAGUCCUUGUAUUCUAAAGAGCCAAUGUACCAAUAAUACAGUAUUAUUCGGUUGUGGUGCAAACGAAGUAUAUACAGAUUGUGGUUCACCAUGUCCACCAAGUUGUACGGAUCUUUAUUAUCCACAAAAACGCAAAUCCUGCACUAUAGAAUGUGUUCGUGGUUGCUUUUGCCAACAAGGCUUAUAUCGUGCAGAAAAUGGUACAUGUGUCAGACCAGAAGAAUGUUGUCAAGGUCAAAAUGAACAAUUUACAAUUUGUGGCACACCUUGUCCUGCAAGAUGUAAUUAUACGCCCGGAUUGUGAUUUGUAUUCGGACGAAUGUGUUUAGGUGCUCAUCAAGAAUAUCAAAUGUGUGGUUCAGCUUGUCCUCUUACAUGUGUUGAUGUAAGACAUGUAAGAUAUUUCAAACCAUGUACACAUCAAUGUGUCGAAGGUUGUUUUUGUAAACAUGGUUAUGUUCGAAGAUCUCAUUCAAAAAGUCAAUGUAUUCCUGAUUGGCGAUGUUAA